CCUAAUGUUCUUCACGUUGAUCCUGGGCAUGAAUUAGUGGUUGAAGUCACAAGAGAGAUGGCAAAGCAUGGUGUAACAAUGAAAAGAAGAAAUGUGAACAUUCAUAGGGAUCAAGAAAUCAUUGAGCAAUUCAAUUGAACUUUAGAUGACCAUCUCCUUACUUUCCAAUUCGGUAUAGGGAUGAAUUUUCAUCUGCAAGGAAAUCAGCUGAAUGGGUGAAAGGCUUCCAGAACUUGUCUCAUCUUUGAAUAGUCAAGUGACCAGGUUGACUAAAAAAAACUCGACACAAUGAAAGAGAAGGUGGUUGAUGCCAACUACACUUUUGAAAUGCAACACACUUUUCCUGAUAAACACAAGAGUCUUUGGGUAUGUAGUAGUCCAGUUGUUUAUGUGGUAUGUAUAUAACUAUGCAGAGACUGUUGUUGCUUUUGCACAUGCUUCUAAAAUAAUUCACUGGUAAAGAUAUGUACAUCACCAUUGAUUGAAAUUUGAUACAGCAAGUACUUAUAAUACAUCAUCCUCUUGGAGUAUAUACAUACUUAAGCUCUCCCAAUUCAAAUUGCGUUAAUUUUUAAAACUCAUACCCUGGUAAAAUGUCGUAUUUAAAACAUCAGGCCACAACAUCACAUACAGGUUUGAACAUCUUAAGAAAAGAUAUCACACUUUGAUUUAAAGGUUCCAUAUCUAAAAAUUUAUGAUAAAUGCUUGUUCCUCUUGCAAAACAAAAACUGGAACCUGAUUGGCUUUCCCAUCAUUGUUAAUAUAUGUACAUGGAUAGAGACAGAUGAAGCAAAAUCUUGUACUGCUAAGGUUUUCACCCUUUGAAGAGAACGACAGUACACAUGAUUGUUUCAGCACUUACUCAUUAGCCUAACUACUACAUUUAGAGUUUUUGUCUUCCUAGUGCUGGCCUUCUUAACUCCAAAAUGUGGGCCCUGUCUCAAAAGCUCUAAGAAAGGCUAUGUAUAUCAGUGGUUUCUCUAUAAGUACCUCAGAGUGACAUUUUACACUUUAAAAAGCUGAAAAAGAAUAUCAAAAACACCACCAUACAAGCCGCACUACCAGAUAAGCCACAUCCCACAUUUGGCAAGUCAAAUUUUGAGAUAAAACCUCUUCUAAAAGACACCAAAGGUAAAAAAACCUUUACAAGCAAACUCUCUCAAGUGAAUCGCUUAUACAGAAACAUUUACAGAGCUAUCUAUGGAGUUUGGAGAACUUAGAGGACCAUUCAUAUCUGCUAAAAGUGAUGGUGAUGAACACUUUACAUUAGAAACAUAUACACUUUAAAAUGCAACAGACUUUUUCCUAUAAACAAAAGGGUCUUUGGGUAGUGAAGCUCUUUAUGUUGGAUGUAGAUACAUGGCUAUGCAGAGACUGUUGUUAGUUUGGCAUUUGCUUUUGAAAACAUUCAGUGCUGAAGAAAUGAACAUCACCUUUAAGUGAAAUUUGAUGAUUUUAAAUUGCAACAGAUUUUUUUCCGAAAAACACAAGUCUUCAGGUAUAAAAUGGUGGAGCUCUUUAUGUCAAAUGUAGAUGGCUAUACAGAUGUAAGGAUGCUACUGAGGUCUCGAGGCUAUACAUAACAGUGGUUUCUCUAUAAAUAUAGCAGACUAACAUUUUGCCAUUUAAAAGGCUGAGAAAGAGUAUUAUAAACACCAGCAUACAAGCUGCACUAACAGAUAACCUGCAUCCCGCAUUUGGCAAGUCAAAUUUUGGGCUAAAACGGUUUUUAAAAAGACACCAAAGGAAAAAACCUUUACAAGCAACCUCUUUCAGGGUAAUCCUUUGUAAAGAAACAUUUACAGAGCUAUCUAUAGACUUUAGAACACUCAGAGGACCAUCUAUAUCUGGUAAAAGUGAUGCUGAUCCACACUUUAAAAUUAUGAAUAACCACACUUUUAAAAUGCAACAGACUUUUCCCAAAAACACAAGAGUCUUCACAUAUGCAGUGCUGAAGCUCUCUAUGUUGGAUGUAGAUUGCUGAGCAGAGACUGUUGUUAGUUUGGCAUAUGCUUCUAAAACAGUUCAGUGCUGAAGAAAUGUACAUUACCAUUUGGUGAAAUUUCAUACAUCAGGCACUUAUACAUCAUCCUCAUAAAGUAUGCAUACCUUAGCUUUCCCAAUUUAAACUGCAUUAAUGCAUGCAGUAACACACGUAGUUCAGGUUAAAUUAUUUUACUGCAUAUUAAUAAGAACAAAAAUUUCUUAAAAAUCACAAAGGUGGCUGAGUAGAAAGGGGCAGGGAGGGCUGUAGUCCCUCCCCCUCUCCCCAAAUACAUCCCUUAAUAAGUAUUUGGGGAGCAGAGCCCCCACGUUUUGGUGCAAAAGCAAGGUGCUGAAGCAAGGUGAAAUGAUCUAAAUUUUCACUGUUGCCUUGACUUUGAGAUUGGCUGGUAGUUAUUGCAUGUGAACUUUAACUGAAUGGAAAAAAAACUUUUAAAAGUCAACUAUAGCCCUGAAUUAUUUUCAAUGGAUUGCCAUCGUUUAUGAAGUUGGCUAAAGAAGCUGGAAAGCCUGAUGACAUUGCAAAGCUUUGGCUGAUGAAGCAAACCAUCUUGCAGAUUAAUUUGCCUGCCCCUAAACAUAUGCCAUGACCAAUUCUUGAUGUGCCAUCCCCAAAUUUAGUUAAUCAAGCUUAUUGUUUUUGCUCUUCUCAUGAAAGGCUCCUGAGACAGAGGAAAGUCUUUAAAUAUGCAUUGACAGUUAAAGAUGUUGCAAGCAGAUUCAAGCCUACUCCACCUCUCACCUCAAAGGAUUCUACUGAGAUCCCAAGAGCUUUUCAGACAAUUUAUGAGUGUCUAUUACUAAGGUGGCCUUACGUUCUUCAAGUUGAUCCUCAGCAUGAAUUCAUGGGUGAAGUUGCAAGAGAGACAGCAAAGCAUGGUGUAAGGAUAAAAAGAGGAAAUGUGAACAUUCAUAGGUAUCAGGGAAUCACUGAGCAACUCAAUCAAACUUUAGGUGAGUGUCUCUUCACUUUCCAAUACAGUCCAGAUAUGAAUUUCACAUCUGGAAAGAGAUCAACCUAUUAG